AUGGAAGACGUCGAGUACGCUGCCGUGCGGAACGAGACGCUUGAGAACGGGUCCACGUGUGACGACACGCCGUACUUCGGUGCCACAUAUAUAGGGAUCAUGACCAGUGUGCUGAUAAUCUUGUGGACGGUCGGAGUGACGGUCAACUGUACCGUCUUGCUUUCCAUUGUCUGCAUCCGCCGCCUCCGAACUACAACCAAUUUUCUAGUGGCCAACUUGGCGGUUAUCGGUUUUCUCUACUACGUGAGCAUCGUUUCUCUUGCUGUGUGGAUUGUCAUACAGGCUGGCGUGUGGCCUGACUCGAUUCCGUGUUAUUUGAACGGAUUUCUUCUUGUUGUUCUGACGUCAGUCGCUUGGAUGAGCCACGCGGCCGUCAGCGUCGAGAGAUAUGUGAAAAUUAAGUAUCCACUGCAAAGAAUCUUCUCACGCUGUGUCACCAUUCUCGUACUCUUGGUUGUCUGGUUGUGUAGCAUAUGCAUCGCUCUGCUACCCAACCUGUCAAAGCAAUCCUACUUUGAGAUGAAAGCGCGUAUCAUUUGUGCACCCGACUUCAACGUCGUCCCGUCGUACUUUAUGAUUGCCUACACGGGCUCGAUGUUUGUCAGUGUUGUCAUCAUGGUCGUCUGUCAAGCUGGCGUGUACAGAAUCUUCAGGAGAAGCCAACGGAGAGCAAGUGAGAGAAGACAGAUAGUGGGAGUAUUCACCACCUCUCAAGAAACUGAAGAGAGGAGAGUCAUCAGUGGUAAUAACAGUGCACAAAUGAGCUCCAAUAGAGUGUCUAUGCUGUCUGAUGUUGUCUCCAUUGCUCACAGUAAGGCAUCGUAUUCACACGAAAACGGGUCGACCCGACCCGACUUUAAGAUGACUCUGGCAAUUUUCAAGAGCAGCAUUUUGUACGUUGUCGUCUACAUAGCGGGAAUUGCUGCAAUCAUUGUGUCGCGGACGGUUGGACCGAUUGACGAGAACGCCUGCAAUGUGGAGGGCUACACAACUUUCUACGUCGUCAGCGCUCACAUGGUGCUUGUCAGUUUGGUAAUGGCCGUCACCCCCAUCAUCUGCAUUCAAGGACACACCGGACUCAGAUCAGCAGUCCGGAUUUCUGUCCGGAAACUAUUGAGACAAUCGGUUUCCGAAGAUUCAGACUCGUAA